AUGAGGCGAGUACCUAUCAUUGCGAUGGCGGCCCAUGAAGUACUAUUUCAGCCGAGAUUCUUCAGCAAAAUGAGGUACCCAAACAGGAUGGUAUUUCAAUCCCAAAGCGGCUUAGACUGGGACCUGAGCGCCUAUCCUGUUGUUGAACUUUCACUUCAAAUGACUGCUGCCAUGUCAAGUAUGCUUGCCUGUCUUACUCCUCCAAGCUCUAUCGGAGGGCUUAGUCCCACUCUUGGGGACAGUGUGGAAUCUUAUCGACUUACGUCUUGCAAUGUUAAGACACCUGGCUCCAACUCCCCAAAUCUCGCCGAGAGAAAAUUGUCCCAUCAUGACACGAAAGCAUCAUCCGGGCGUUUCACUGGUCGUCCACCAUUAUCACCAUCAUCAGACACCUCUGAGUUGUCAGAAGAUGAGCUUUACGCCCUUGCACACCUUCCUCACCUGAAAAACUUGUCUCAUUAUGUGCAACGCGCCAAGAGACAGUUCAAGCCUUACGACAGGCGCCAUGGCCACGGGCCCAAUGCAAUAGAACUCCAUUUUUUUCAAAGGACCGUCAGGAAGUACUCCAGCGAGACUAAACUAAAUUUGAUUGAUGUUCAAGAGGGCAAAGAGCUCUUCGAGCAUGGCAUGAGAGGCAUGUCUCUCGAGGCCACCAAUCAAGCUGUCGUUGCAAUGCAAGCGCUUACAUGCCCUGACGACGGCUUGGGAGAUAGAAUUCUCGAGCAGGAUGCUCUAGAGUAUGUCCAAAGCGCCAAAGAAGCUUCAUCUUUCAAAAAGAUGUUGGUUGGACGUACCUUGCCAGACCUCAAAGACAAGUGUGACUUUAAUAUCAGCACAUUUAGCCGCGAUCUCACAUUGUUCAUUGUGGCUGAUGUCCAACUUGGUCACAUGUCGGAAUGUCUCGUACGCAACUCCAGUCUUCCCGGGGACGAUGACUCAAGCCUGCCUGAGGACGAUGCUCAUAUGGAAGGGGGGUCCUCCGACUCGGACUCCGAGGUUGAAUUUGAUAGCUAG